AUAAUAUUGCGUUGUUUUCGUUAGUAUUGAUUAAACUCAGAUUAAGUAACAUGUAUUUUACACGGUUGUUUAUAAAUAUUAGGCUGAAGCUUCCGUAAUUUUAAACAGAUUGAAAUGGAUAGAUUAUAUAAGACAACACGCUUCAAAAUGCCAUAUCAGUUACUUGCAAGGCGAUCUCCGAAAUUCUGCUGUUUUCAACCGUUAACAGCAAAAACAUUAUACAGAUGUUACCAUAGAACCCACAAUUCAUUAUUGAAAACAACCAAACCAUUGAACAAAAAUAUCUUAUUGAAGGACAAAAAUAUCGAAUUGUGUCGGUCUUUUAGCAACAAACGGUUUCUGGAAGGAGUAUGGGAUAACGCUUUAUCACCAGAUGAGAGGAUGCGCCAAUUGCAGCAGGACUAUGACAGGGUGGUAGAAGAAAUAGAGAGAAUUGAUAAAAGCUUUGAGCAACAUGACGUAUUAGAAGCUAAAGACACGGACAUGGCAAAGGGGCUGGUAGAAAUAUGUGAAAAUUAUUCAAAAGCCCACGGCUCAUAUGUAGAAUGGGACACAGAUGUGAAUCUUUCUCCGCCGAAAUCGUGGGGGAAACCGGCCCCUGAAAAGGACAAAUAUAUUUGGGACUACUACACUUCUUUGCAAUACACACUGUACGAAACAGGUCAUCCGGAGACGGUCGACCGGACAUUCAAGCCAAGAAGUCUUCCGAAUAAAGAACAUGUAAACGUUGUUUUGCUGUCGUCACCCGUUGAAUGUAUCGGUAUCCUACUGGAAGGUGGAAAACAGUUGCCAGAUGGUUUUCAUCUUGUUCUUUCACCGUCCUGGCUAUCAAAAGUUCCAUCUGAAGAAGACACUUCUCUCAGCUCACUGUUGCUGCACAAAUCUAUAUCGUUCCAUUCGAACGGCGCUUCCUUCAUUGACGAGUACAAUCCUCCUAGAAGGGUGUCCUACUUCGUGAACUAUUUUACGGACAACAUCACAAGUGGCCACCGUAAUGAUGGUAUAGAGAUAGAGAGUGGUCUUGACUGUCCAAUGAGCAGUUCCAUCAAACUUUGCGAGUUGGUUGACGACAAGGUUUGGACAAGAGAUAUAAUGGCGGAUGUUGGUAUGAGCAUACCGGAAACACUUGCAAUCCGAAGAAUGCCGAUUAGAAAGCUGUCGUCUGCAAAAGAGGAAAUGAAAACUAUCGAUUUCAAAAGUUAUGAUACCCUUGACAUGACCACUGUUGAAAAGGAAAUCUCAGCAUUUGCUAAAAGACUUCAAUUGUCACAAAUCCAAAAGAUUGUUGUAAAACCUUCGGGACCAAAAUACCUCGGUAGCGUGGGAGUAUCAUUUCAUAGUACGUCAGAUAUUGAACCAAUCGUUCAUGCCGCCAAAGAAUUGCUUAUGGAGAUUGAUGAAGGUUGCUCUGUCCUUGUAGAAGAAUUUGUGGAAUCAGUCGUUCCACUUGAUGCAGGUUCUGACCAAGCGCCACUGUGGUCGGCAAGUGAAGGACUAGGCUUUAGAGUUCGUUCUACCGUUUGCAGGGACCACGAUGAUACACCGGUCACAACUCUUAUUAACUGCGCUAUAGCAGACAAGCAUCUGCCAAUAAACGGCGACAACACCGUCUGUCAGUCUCUCGACAGCACAUUACUGGCAUACAACGUAUUUGAUGAAUCUGAGAGAAGAGAAUUAGAAAUGAAAAUAAGAACGCAAUCGGCUGAUGUGUUGAAAAUGAUAAUGGAAAGAGAGAAAUUGCUUAGCGUUGAAGAAAGAGGUGCAUUCAGGGGACAAACUGAUGUAACAGGAAUAGACAUGGUAGUGACAAAGAAAGCUGGAAAGUUAGUACCUGUAGGUAUAGAGGUCAACAGUCAUGACUGUACCAUCAACACUCAGCUGUAUGAUUUUAUGAUGAGCCUUGGAGAGAACACUUUGAUGAAGCGGAAAGAAAAGACCAGCACCAGUCCUAUGGGAAAUGUAAAUAACACAAAAGAUAAAGGUUACGUACCUAGUCAAUUUCCUGACAAUCGAGAUUCAAAAGGGAGCGAGUUCACAGGCGGCAACGGAGCUGAAUUUACAGACAAACAGGGAGGGAUAGUUGCAUCAUUAAGCUCAACAAUUCAAAAAUCCAGAUAUUAUUCCGGGAAAACGAUGGGUCGAAGUGUCCGUCCAUUUGUAAGGAAUAUGAUAUCAAGGUCUCAACGUUACAUGAUGAAAGGAAAACAAGUUGUUGUAAUUGGUGGCGGUGGCUACAGCAAGAGAAAUAUAUGGCCGGAUGCUCAGGAUUAUGGCAUUAAAAUUGUUCUAGUCGACUCGGACGCCAAUCACCUGGCAAGAAACCAAGUCCACCGCUUCAUACACUAUGACUUUGAUGAUCACCAGGAAGACUUUGCGCAUGCGUGUAAUAUCUUUAAUUUGUUACAUACCCAAGGGAUAGAUGUUGAUGGCUGUCUCACGUUCUGGGAGGAUUGUGUACCGCUAGCCGCUCUUGUCAAAGAAAUGACGGGCACAAAAGAUCUAUUUACUACAGGCUCAAGUCAUAAGGCAGCACUUACAGGGAAAAAGAAAAGUAGAACUCAGAAUGUUCUUAGCACUUGCACAGCUGAUAUUCCUCACUGGCCGAGAACAUAUUUGUAUUCCUCAAAGUCCGUUCAUAUCAAAUCUGAAAAUGACAGUGUAUUAGUGCCAAAAAGCAUACAGUUCCCCGCGAUACUCAAGCUGGAACAUGGCUCUAGUGCAGUUGGUGUGUCGGUAGUCAAAGAUGAAGAAGAGAUUAGGAAGAAGUAUCAUCAAAUAUCCGAAUGUUUACAGACGGAAUCGGAUUAUCCCGGAAUCGGACUUGGUCACGAUAAUACAAUGGUGGCAAUGGAAUAUCAUAAAGGAUCUGAACACGAUGUCGAUGUCAUUUUAUACGACAGAAAGCUUGUUGGUGCAUUUAUUUCUGAUAAUGGGCCGACCCGACGACCUUAUUUCACAGAGACAGCAGCGGUUAUGCCUUCGUCGUUACCAGAAGAUAAACAAGCGCAGCUUAUUGUAGCAGCAUAUCAAUGCUGUACUGAAAUAGGGCUGUCAAGUGGUACAUUUAAUGUUGAACUACUUAUGACCAGCACGGGACCCAAACUGAUAGAAAUCAAUGCAAGAAUGGGUGGUUUUUACCUUCGGGACUGGAUCAAAGAAAUUUACGGGGUGGAUCUCAUGCUGUGCUCGCUGAUGAUCUCUUGUGGUGUACAGCCCUAUGUUCCCAAACAUCCGACAGAAUUGCUUUUUAUGGGUAUAAUGCUCAUACCUUCUGCGCACGCGCAUAUAUUACACGACACGCAUUUUAGAACCCAACUGAACGUAAUGAUAGAAAAGAAUGAGAUUUUAUUUACGCAGUAUAGUGAGUUAGAUGAGAUACAAUCAACUGAAUACGAAGAACCAUUUGGCAACAUUGCAGUGUCUGCGGAAACACCUGAAGAAGCGAAGACUAAACUAUCAGCAAUUUGCGAACAAUUAGGAGUCAGUCUAAAAGAAUACCCAGUAAAAACGUUUCUACAAUACUUUUAGUAUGGACCACCAGUUGUUUCAAUUUACAGAAAAUCGUCGUGAAUGGUUUUUGUAUAUUGCAGUAAUGUAGAAAAUAAGACAAAAGAAAGAAAUGGGUGACUGGACAAUAUUUAUAAUUUUGAAAUGUAUGUUAUUUUACAUAUAUGCAUUUUAUGAACUUUUCAAUAUACUCUUUUGCCAAAUGUUUUGACUACAGUAGUGUAAUAUGUUUAUAUUAUACAUUUUUUAUGCUAGAUACCUAUUUCUGUGUAAUGCAUUCUUAAGCUAGAUAACUUUUACUAUGUUAUAGACUUCUAAUGUUAAACAUCUAUAUUUCUGUAUUAAACAUUUCUUACGUUGAGAAACAUAUAUACUGAUAAUAAACUUGCAUUAUUUAAGACGUU